UCUUCCUGUUCUAACACAACCUUAACACUUCCAAUUCCAAACCCAAUUUUACAACUUCUCUUGAUUCUACAAAAGUACAAAUUCCUAGUACACAAUUAGACAUGGCAAAUUCUGUUGCUUUAUGUCACCUAGCUAUAAUAUUGGUCAUUAAUAUUGUCAUGGCUGGACCAGCCAAUGCACAAAUCAACACCCCAUGUAAUCCUUCUACAAUAAGCACUCUCUUCACACCUUGUAUGGGUUUUCUUACAGGUAGUAGUGCUAAUGGCACCUCACCAACCACUGAAUGUUGUGGUGCUCUUAAGUCCCUAACAAGUAGUGGCAUGAAUUGUUUGUGUCUCCUUGUAACUGCAAGUGUUCCCUUCAAAAUUCCAAUCAAUAGAACCUUGGCUAUCUCUCUCCCCCGUGCUUGUAACAUGCCUGGUGUUCCAGUUCAAUGCAAAGCCUCAGCUUCACCACUUCCUGCUCCUGGUCCAGUGGCUCUAGGACCAUCUCAUUCACCUGCAUCUUCUCCCUCAGGAUUUAUUCCAACCCCUAGUCCUCAAGCAUCUUCUGACCUACCAGCUUCACCAACUUCAUCUCCUCUGGCACCACAACAAGACACAAAUGUUCCUCUUUUGACUCCGCCAUCGCCAUCGGUGUCAACAACGGGAAGUGGCCGCUCAUCUUUGACUCCAUCAUCUGCCAUUACAUCUUACAAUGUCUCACCUACUGUUCUAUUGAUUGCACUGGGAUUUGUUGCUCUCAAAUAUUACUAGAUUCUGUGUUCGGCAUAUAUCAUGUGCAGAUGUACUUAGAUAAAUUGUUGCUAUAUAUUUUUUUUGCAGUGUGGCUAUUACAUUGAA